AUGACGGAACAACGAUUAGAAUCAUCCGAAUUUUCGCAUCAAGCUCUAGAAAUAAUUAAAAUGUUACUCGAGUUUGGAUGCCCCAAGAAUUCAACUGAAGUAUCUAAGUGGUUAAAGGAUGUUGAAGCUCUUCAAGCAUCACUUUCAAAAUUCUGGCAAUGUGAUCCUAGUGGGAAAACAAUGAUUAGAUGUUUAAAUUUCUUAUAUCAGGAAAUAACAAACAAUUCAACACCUGUCAGUCCCGCAGUUUGGACCAUUUUAGGUUUGGUCGAAGAAGAUAAAAUUGCAGAAUUUGUUGAAGGCCUUUUGUGUGAUGCAAACAUGAACGAUAACUAUAAAGUGCAAAAUAUGUUGUCUGCGAUAAUUGAAGGCCUUUGUCAAUGGGGUCCACAUGAACAUAGACUUCAAAAUUGGAUUCCUGUAAUUAUAAAAGAAUUAGAAAUUAGAAAAAAUUAUAGUGUUCUCAUAGAAGUUUCAGAAAGAGUUAUUGUUAGACUCAUACGAACGUUGAGUAUAUCCUCAUAUCGCCCUUUAACUUAUCCUGUUUUUCGUAAAUUGUUAUAUUCAGUUCCUACCCCACAUGUUUUUUACAAAGUAAAUAUUGUGCCUGAAAUAAUUCAUUCACUAAAAAAAGAUAAAGAAGUGAAACCUGUGUAUUUGGAUUUUAUCGGGUUAAUCAGAACGCUUUUGAAUCGGUUUACUCCAAAAAAAAAUUAUGAAGUAAAGUUUAAUUUAAUUGAAGAACUUUUAAAGUGUUUGCCUGAUAGUGAAUUUGAUUCAAGUUCAAUGAUUCUUUGGGAUUCGAAAAAAAAAAUUGAUAAUGAUUGGCCUCUUUCAACUUAUGGUGAAAAUAUUAAUAGUAUUAAAUCGGAAACACCUUAUAAGGGUCUUGUAAAUCAGGGUAACACUUGUUUUAUGAAUAGCAUAUUACAAAUUUUGUACAUGACAACCAGAUUUCGUAAAGAACUCAUAGAAAAAGAAUUAGAUCCAACUGAAAAAGCAGCCAACGAUCUUCAAUUAUUAUUUGCACUCAUGCAAGAAUCUAAAAGAUCUGUUUUGGCACCUAAUGGAGUUAUGAAUUCUACUCUUCCUCCUUCUUUUAGACCGAGUCACCAACAGGAUAGUUCAGAAUAUUUAAUAUAUUUACUUGACACACUUCACGAAUGUGAAAAAAAAGUAAUAAAAAGAAAAAAACAAUUUAUAUCAUUGAAUAAAAAUAUAGAAAAAAAAGAUGAUGGAAAUGGGGAUAGUAAUGGAGAAGAAUCAAAUUCUAAUAAAACAUCUGAUGAAAAUACGAUAAUAGAAAGGUUAUUCGGUGGAGUUUCCGUAUCAACAACCGUUUGUUCUUCUUGUAAAAAAUCUUUUCCUAAAAAUGAUCAUUUUAGAGAUCUUCAUUUAUCAAUACCGGACAAUCAAAAAUAUUGUGAUCUUCAGGAACUCAUCGACGAAAGUCUUCAACCGGAAGAAUUAUACAGUGAUAACAUGUACGAUUGCGAAAGUUGUGGAACAAAAAGAAACGCGACACGAAAACAAAUAAUCGUUCAAGCUCCUCAACAUUUGAUACUCACACUUAAAUUAUUUAGAUUCGAUCCGGAUAGAAAACAAAGAUUAAAACUUCACAGCAAAUUAAAAAAUGUAACGACGAUCGAACUUCCUGUUUAUAAUUCAGCACAAUUACAAACGGAUCUAGUUAUGUAUCAAUUGAAGGGAGUCGUUUUACACUCUGGUAGUUCUUUAGAUGGCGGCCAUUAUUUUUCUUCUGCUGUCGACCAAUCAGGACAAUGGUUUACAUUUAACGAUUCAAUCGUUUCUUUAGCCAAAUACGAAUGGAAUAACAGUGGUGGAUCUCCUUAUAUUUUGUUUCUUCGUCAAAGUAACAUUUCGGAUCCUCCAAUGGGUCCACUACCGUCCAAUUUACAACUCGUUGUUAACAGAGACAAUCAAAGGUUUUUAUCGGAGAAAAAAAUGGGACAACAUUCUGUGGUACGUAAAAAAGAUUACGAUGACGAUUGGGAUGAUCAUUCUCCAAAUAAUGGAUCUUUUGGAGGACCAGGACCGUCGUUAGUUUUCUGA